AUGACCAAAUUUCUUAAAGAAAAGAAAGAGGAAAUCCAUUGGGAUAAGCUCCCUUCAGAUGAACGUUUAGGCACCCCAAUUUCCGGAGCACAGAAAAUGAAAUCUCAAUCGCUCAACUUUCAUUCGAACCCAAGAUGUGAUGGUGCCUUGAUGGGUAUUACACAAUGCGGUUAG